CGUGAUAAUGCUAUCGUUCGACAAUCGUCAGCUAAAACUGUUUCUUUUAAGGACAUUGAGUAUCAGGGCUUAUCUCCGGUCUGUGUCGAGGUUCAGCUUAUCUGACACUGAAAUACAAUAGUUCCGCUCUCUAUCUCUUUAACAACACACAAUAUGCUGUUCCUGUCUGUGGUAUGUGCUUUGGUUGCUACUGUAUUGUCGAGCUCGGAACCUCAGAGAGAAGUUAUCCUGUUCGACAAAGUCGACAAUGACAAGAAUGGCCAGCUGAGCGUGUCAGAACUGGACAAUAUAUUUCUCGCCUUUGAUGUUAAUCACGACCAAGAGGUAACUGCAAGUGAGUUUGAGAACGACUGGACGGUACUUUACAACCUUGGUGCCCCGAUCGAGGCACGCACACUGUUCACCAAGGCUGAUACCAACGAUGAUGGUCAUAUAACUUCUGAUGACUUACCCGAAAUCUUCACAUAUUUCGACUCAAACGGUGAUUCGUUCAUCAGUCUCGACGAGUUUCUGACCCAGUGGGGAGACCUAAAGAAUGCGCCCAUCGACAACAUCAUCGUCCCUGUGGGAACUACGUCUACACCCAAACCGUCAACUACUACUUAACAACAUCCACGCCACAAUUUCAAUAAUAUCAUGAAACUUUCGUGUUCCGUUGUUUCUUACUAUGCAAUGAAAUCCAUCUAAAUAAAUUGUAUUUCCUUCG